UGCCAUCACUAAAAAUGGCGGUGCCUUUUGCCACAAAACACCAUAUUGAGGACAAGGCGAGGCACGGGAGCGCCAGUAGUAGACAUGGCGGCUAAGGGGGGUAAGCAAAAAACGCGACGAGUCAGUAGACAAGAUGCUAAUAACAGCGGGAAUCUACUGAGCGAAACCCGGGUGCAGAGAGAGGAGAAGGCCGGAGAGGAGACCAAAACCCCAGACACACGGACUGAGUGUGUCAGUAGAGGAGGCCAGGUGUGGGCUCCUGAAGGUGCCACGGCAUUUAAAUGUCUCCUGUCAGCCCGAUUCUGUGCAGCGUUGCUAAGCAACAUCUCCGACUGUGACGAGACCUACAACUACUGGGAGCCGAUGCACUUCUUGUUGUAUGGCUAUGGGAUGCAGACGUGGGAGUAUUCGCCGCUUAACGCCAUCCGUUCCUACGGUUAUCUGUGGCUGCACGCCCUCCCCGCCUCACUACACUCUCACAUCCUACAGACCAACAAGGUGCUGGUGUUCUACUUUGUGCGCUGUGUCCUGGCCUUCUCCUGCUGCAUCUGUGAACUCUACUUCUACAAGGCGGUGUGUAAGAAGUUUGGACUGCAUGUGGGUCGUCUGAUGCUGGCCUUCCUCCUCCUGAGCUCUGGAAUGUUCUGCUCCUCAGCAGCAUUCCUGCCUUCUUCCUUCUGUAUGUAUUCUACUCUGGUUGCCAUGACUGGAUGGUUCCAAGACACGCCCUUCCUGGCUGUGAUGGGUGUGGCAGCUGGGGCUAUCAUUGGCUGGCCAUUCUCCGCUCUGCUUGGGCUACCGAUCGCCUUCGACCUGCUUGUGCUGAAGAGGAAGUGGAAUAGUUUCAUCACCUGGGCAACCGUCUCUCUGCUGCUGUUCCUGGUGCCUCUGAUGGUGGUGGAUUCUUGUUGCUAUGGGAAACUGGUCAUUGCUCCCCUCAAUAUUCUACUCUAUAAUGUCUUCACCCCCCAUGGCCCAGAUCUCUAUGGUACAGAGCCAUGGCCGUUCUACUUUAUAAAUGGUUUCCUGAACUUCAAUGUGGUGUUUGUCCUGGCGCUGCUGUCUCUACCUCUCACUGCUCUGAUGGAGGCGCUACUACAGCGCUUCAAUGUGCAGAACCUGGGAAAGCCAUAUUGGUUGACUCUGUCUCCUAUGUACCUGUGGAUGCUGGUUUUCUUCACCAGACCUCAUAAAGAGGAACGCUUCCUGUUCCCCAUCUACCCUCUCAUCUGUCUGGCAGGGGCCGUAGCACUGUCUUCACUACAGAAGUGUUACCACUUCCUGUUCCAGCGGUAUCGUCUAGAACACUACACGGUGUCGUCUAACUGGCUGGCUGUGGGAACACUGAUCCUCUUCACUCUGCUGUCUCUGUCCAGAUCAGUAGCCCUGUUCAGAGGCUACCACGCGCCACUGGACCUGUACCCGGAGUUCCACCGUAUCUCCCGGGACCCGUCUCUCCACGCGGUCCCAAAGGGCCGGCCCGUCAGUGUCUGUGUUGGGAAAGAGUGGUACCGGUUCCCCUCCAGCUUUCUGCUGCCCAACAACUGGCAGCUGCAGUUCAUCCAAUCAGAGUUCAGAGGGCAGCUGCCCCAGCCGUAUGCUGACGGCCCAUUUGCUACUCAAAUUAUCCCCGCCCACAUGAACGACCAGAACCUGGAGGAGCCAACAAGAUACGUGGACGUGCGUCAGUGCCAUUACCUUGUGGAUCUGGACAUCGAGACCUCAGCACCCAGAGAGCCGCGCUACGCUGACAACACAGACUGGAGCGUCAUCGCAUCGAAACCCUUCCUAAACGCUGCCAGGUCUUCUCCUCUGUUCAGAGCGUUCUUCAUUCCCUUCCUCUCUGAGCAUCACACCACAUACACACGAUAUGUCAUCCUGAAACCACGACGACCAAAGCAGCCUCGCAAACGCAGCCACGCCUGACCUCUGAUCCCUGACCCUCAGCUCUGAAGUCUGCCCUGUUCCCCCUCCACCCAAAACAUCUCCACUCAUUCCUCUGGGUGGGAUGGGUGUUUUAAAAGAUUUCUGACCCUUUAAGAACAUAAGUCAUGUGAGUGUGAAAGAGACAUGUCCUGACCAUCAAAUGUUUGAAAGUGAUGUUGAGAUGUGUGAUAGUGUAAUUAAGGUGUGUGUGUGUCAGAGAGCGAGUGUACGAGACUUUAAUUGGAGAAUAAAAACCUCUAAGUAAAACAGACUGAGUUCAGAUACCUUUAUUUAGGGAUUACACUUUAAUCAGUGGCAACCAUAGUUCUCAUUUCCUUGUUAUCUAUUCAAAUGUUAUUGUCCCGUGUACAAGGA